AUGGAUGGGAAAGACCACAAUGUGGAGCCCAACCAUCUGAACCCAGCAGUCUUCGACUUUGACACAGUCAUUGUUGCCAGCUUCAAAGACUUGGAAGCAGUUCAUUCCUGGUGGUCCUCUGACCAGGUGUUCGAACUGAUGAAACACAGAAGCCCACUGACAAAGAUGAGCCUUCACACCGUCGAUGGCCUUGUAUCUGGCUUCGAGGGAACCAAGAAGCGAGCUGCAAUGGGUGAUAAGUUACUGCUGCUGGAGAUUUCGAAGAUCGAGUCCUUCCGACCGAUGCAGCGGUACGUGGACAUGUACAAAAGGCUAGCGACGAAGGCGCACAAGGACAUUGGCACGGUCUGCAACUUGCUGUUUGCGGAAGGCAUCAGCGGCGUUUUAGUCAAUGAGUUUCCGGUCCAGGCAGUUUGCGCAUCGUGUUGGCGAACGAGAUCCGACUUGCUGUCGUGGUACGAAGCUCCCAAUUACCAGCAAGAUCUGAUGCCUCUGAGAUACGACUUCGCGAGAUGUUUCACUGUCGCUGUCCCCAUGUGGGAAGACCGGAAGGGCGAUUCAAGCGAAAACAUGAAGCGAAGAGGGUCUGCAGCUGCUGGGAUGAAGCUCAGGGGCUUGCAGGUGUGA